GCGAGGCGUAGAGAGCCGCCGAGGCCAGUGGGGGUGGCCGGCACCGGAGCAGGGAAAAGCCAGGCUAGGGGGCCGAGGACUAGCGGGUGCUGCUUGCGCCAUUCGGGUUCGGUCCGGGCCAGCCACCCAGAACCCAGAGGAGGUGUUGUGGACGGCGUGUCCUUCCUGGCCGGUGAGUCGGCCCGGGGUCGCGGCCGCUGGGUCAACCCCGAGUUUCACCUGGGCCCGCGCGGGUUGUGACAGGUGCGCGGAAGAGCGCGGCGCUCCGCCCGCUCGCCGGUCCGCCCCCUCCGGGCCUCGCCCGCGCGGGCUCGGGAUGAGCUGCGGGCCGCAGCUGAGCGGCCCCCGCUCCUGGCGCCUGGCGCUGCCGCCGUCUCCUCUCAAGAGCAGCCGCCGCCCGUGAGGGAAAGAGGGAGGGAAGCGGCCGCUGACCCCGGGCAUGAGCCGGACGCGACGUCCGUUGCUGGAUUAAGGCGCCGACAUGAACCUGCACCAGGUGCUGACCGGGGCUGUGAACCCCGGCGACCACUGCUUCUCCGUGGGCAGCGUCGGCGACCAGCGCUUCACGGCUUAUGCCUCUGGAUGUGACAUUGUUAUACUGGGAAGUGAUUUUGAAAGACUGCAAAUAAUCCCAGGAGCUAAACAUGGAAAUAUUCAAGUAGGAUGUGUAGAUUGUUCAAUGCAACAAGGCAAGAUUGCAGCAUCCUAUGGAAAUGUUGUAUCUGUUUUUGAACCAGUUAACCUACCGAAGCAAAAGAAAAAUUUGGAAUUAUAUAGUCAGUGGCAGAAAAGUGGCCAAUUUUUUCUGGACUCAAUAGCACACAAUAUAACUUGGGAUCCUGCAGGCAAUCGUCUUUUAACUGGUUCUAGCUGUUUGCAACUGUGGUCCAGUGCUAACUUGGAGAAAUCAGCUGAAGAUGAAAAUCCAGAUAAAACAGAUCUUAACUUUGGGGAUUGGAGAUGCAUUUGGCAUUGCAAAACUGCUUCCCAAGUUCAUUUAAUGAAGUUUUCACCAGAUGGAGAAUUUUUUGCCACUGCUGGGAAGGAUGACUGUCUUUUAAAGGUAUGGUAUAAUGUAGAAAACUGGCGGACAUCUGUUACCUCUCCAGAUAAAAGUUCAGAAAAACAAUCCCAAGGAGAAAUUGAGUUUUCUUUUGUAUAUCUGGCCCAUCCUCGAGCUGUAAAUGGAUUUUCCUGGCGUAAAACAAGCAAAUAUAUGCCUAGGGCUUCUGUAUGUAAUGUACUGUUGACUUGCUGCAAAGAUAACAUAUGUCGUCUUUGGGUAGAGACAUUUUUACCAAAUGAUUGUUUGCUCUAUGGAGGUGACUGCAGCCAUUGGACUGAACCAAUUAAUUUAACAAAUAACUUCAAGAGAAAUGCUUCCAGUAAAGAACGAGUUCAAAAUGCUUUAGAUGUAAAUCUGAAACAUUUUCGUAGAGGUCGGAGGAGAUCACUUGCACUUGUAGCACAUACUGGAUACCUGCCACAUCAGCAAGAUCCUCAUCACGUUCACAGGAACACUCCACUGCAUGCCAAUGCACUUUGCCACUUUCAUAUUGCAGCCAGCAUCAACCCAGCCACGGACAUUCCACUUCUUCCUUCUAUUACGUCUCUGAGUCUAAGUGAAAAUGAAGAGAAGAGUGGACCUUUUGUGGUACACUGGCUAAACAAUAAAGAAUUGCAUUUUUCUUUGUCCAUGGAAGUCUUUUUACAACAACUUAGAAAAAGUUUUGAGCAACCAUCUUCUGAGAUGAGUGUAGAAGACUCUAAUCAGGCAGAUGUAAAAUCUGAUGAAGAGAUCGAUGAUGGUAUUGAUGAUCUGAAAAUAAAUCUUGAAAAGAAGGAAUUGGGCAGUGAUAAAUUGGUACCAAAUUCAAGUUCUGUACCAUUACCAUCAGCUGCCAUUGAUCAUCAGAUUGAAGUACUUCUGUCUGAAUGGAGUAAAAAUGCAGACAUGCUAUUCAGUAUUCAUCCCAUGGAUGGUUCUUUGCUGGUUUGGCAUGUGGAUUGGCUGGAUGAAUACCAGCCUGGUAUGUUUCGUCAAGUACAGGUGUCCUUUGUUUCCAGAAUUCCUGUAGCUUUCCCCACAGGUGAUGCAAACUCUCUCUGUAAAAGCAUAGUGAUGUAUGCCUGUACCAAGAAUGUUGACUUGGCUAUUCAGCAAGGGAAACAAAAAACUUCCAGCCUGACACGUUCCACAUCAAUGCUUAUAUCUUCUGGUCACAGUAAAUCAACUAAUAGUUUAAAAUUAAGCAUUUUUACCCCUAAUGUUAUGAUGAUUUCAAAGCAUGCUGAUGGCUCCCUGAAUCAAUGGCUUGUCAGUUUUGCCGAGGAAUCUGCCUUUUCUACAGUUCUCAGUAUUUCCCACAAAUCCAGAUACUGUGGUCAUCGCUUUCAUCUUAAUGAUUUAGCUUGUCACUCAGUAUUACCAUUAUUGCUGACAACGUCACACCAUAACGCAUUAAGGACACCAGAUGUUGAUAACCAAAAGGAACCUUAUGGUGCUGUGAAUAUUGAAGAAUGUUCUUUGGCACAACAGAAUAAAAGCACUAUUGACAUGGCCUUUCAGGAUCCCAAUGCAGUUUACAGUGAGCUUAUUCUUUGGAGAGUUGAUCCAGUUGGGCCAUUGUCUUUUUCUGGAGGUGUUUCUGAGCUUGCCCGGAUUAAUUCUCUUCAUGUUUCUGCAUUUUCCAAUGUGGCAUGGCUGCCCACUCUUAUACCCAGUUAUUGUCUAGGUGCAUACUGCAACUCUCCUAGUGCAUGCUUUGUAGCAAGUGAUGGACAAUAUCUGAGAUUAUAUGAAGCAGUUAUUGAUGCCAAGAAACUUCUAUAUGAGCUUUCCAAUCCUGACAUUUCUAAAUAUGUUGGUGAAGUGUUUAACAUCGUAAGUCAACAGUCAACAGCCAGGCCAGGAUGCAUUAUUGCAUUAGAUCCCAUUACCAAACUUCAAGGCAGAAAAACCCAGCUGCUUCAUGUUUUUCAAGAAGACUUCAUUUUGAAUAACCUUGAGAAGAAAAGACUAGGAAAAGACAGAAUAUUAUCUGAUGCAGGCAGCUCACCUAAUGAAUUUUCAGAAAAAUUCUACCUAAUUGUAAUAGAGUGCACCCAAGACAACCGUUCAUUGUUACACAUGUGGAAUUUGCAUUUGAAGUCCAUUCCUGUCUCAUUGGAUGAAAAAGUAGAUACAAAAAUAUCUGAAGCAGUUUGGCAGCCAGAAGAACAUUAUUCUUCUUCUCCAGAGAAGAUCUUAUCCCCUUUUUCACAGAAGUAUCAGGCUUGCAGAGCAAAUCUCCAGAGUACCAGCAAGUUGACUCUGUCUUCAGAAAUGGUUUAUAGCCAAGAGUUGCAUUUGCCAGAAGGAGUUGAGAUAAUAAGUGUUAAGCCAUCAGCAGGACAUCUGAGUUCUUCUUCCAUAUAUCCCAUAUGCAGUGCUCCUUAUUUAUUGGCAACUUCAUGCUCAGAUGAGAAAGUAAGAUUCUGGAGAUGUAGAGUAACAGCUGAAGAAUCUGCCACUUCAAAGAAUGGAGAAAUGGAUCUUAUAUACAUUUGGGAAGAAUGGCCGUUACUUAUUGAAGAUGGACUGCAGAGCAAUAGUAGUAUAACUGUACCUGGUAGGCCUAUAGAAGUCAGCUGUGCACACACAAAUCGUUUAGCAGUAGCAUAUAAGCAGCCUACGUCUAAUAGUAGAUGUUCUCAGGACUUUGUGAUGCAUGUAAGUAUUUUUGAAUGUGAGUCUACAGGAGGUUCAUGCUGGGUCCUUGAACAGACAGUUCAUUUAGAUGAGUUAAAUACAGUGUUGGAUUCUGGCAUUAGUAUUGAUAGCAAUUUAGUGGCCUAUAAUAAACAAGAGGUAUAUUUAUCCAGUAAAGAGAGUGUCACAUCAAACACAAAGCAUUUAGUUCACUUAGAUUGGAUGUCUAGAGAAGAUGGUUCUCAUAUUCUUACUGUAGGAAUUGGAUCAAAACUUUUUAUGUAUGGACCCCUGGCUGGCAAGGUACAAGAACAGACGGGUAAGGAAAGCCUGGCAUUUCCUCUCUGGGAAGGUACUAAAGUUGUGCCUCUUUCUAAAUUUGUACUGUUACGAAGUAUGGACUUGGUUUCUUCUGUAGAAGGCUCUCCACCUUUUCCUGUUUCUUUAUCAUGGGUCCGGGAUGGCAUCCUGGUGGUAGGAAUGGAUUGUGAAAUGCAUGUAUAUUCCCAAUGGCAGCCAUCUUCUAAACAAGAACCUGUUACAACAGAUUCAUACAAUGGGAGCACUCCAUCUAUAAUAAGUUUAAUAAAACAGAGUAACUCAUCAAGUUCUGGAUUACAUCCUCCAAAGAAAACCCUGACUCGAUCCAUGACCAGUCUUGCACAGAAAAUCUGUGGAAAGAAAACUGCGCUUGAUCCUUCUGUGGGUAUGGAAGAUUCAGGUCUUUUUGAAGCAGCUCAUGUUCUUUCCCCAACUUUACCUCAGUACCAUCCUUUGCAGCUUUUGGAACUCAUGGAUCUUGGCAAAGUUCGGAGAGCAAAGGCCAUCUUGUCACAUCUUGUCAAGUGCAUUGCUGGGGAAGUUGUGGCUCUGAAUGAAGCUGAAUCUAAUCAUGAGCGCCGCUUUAGGUCUCUCACCAUCAGUGCUAGUGGAAGUACUACUCGAGACCCCCAGGCAUUCAACAAGAGUGAAAAUACAGAUUACACAGAAAUCGAUUCUGUCCCUCCACUUCCUUUAUAUGCCUUACUCGCCGCAGAUGAUGAUAGCUGUUACUCAUCCUUGGAGAAAUCUAGUAAUCAGAGUACCUUAAGUAACUCAAACCAGUUGUCAAAAGAAAGUUAUGAUGAGCUUUUUCAGAUGUCAGCUUUAAUGACUGAUAGUCAUGUGUUAAAGACAGAUGAAGAAAAUACAAAGCCCAGGGUUAUUGACCUUUCACAAUACAGUCCAACUUACUUUGGUCCUGAGCACGCUCAGGUUCUUUCUGGCCACUUACUUCAUUCUAGUUUACCAGGACUCAGCCGGAUGGAGCAGAUGUCUUUGAUGGCUUUAGCAGAUACAAUUGCAACUACCAGCACUGAUAUUGGAGAAAGCAGAGACAGAAGCCAAGGUGGAGAAACUCUUGAUGAAUGUGGCUUAAAAUUUCUUUUGGCUGUUCGACUUCAUACUUUUCUUACAACUUCUCUUCCAGCUUAUCGAGCUCAACUCCUUCACCAAGGCCUGUCUAGUAGUCAUUUUGCCUGGGCCUUUCAUUCAGUAGCAGAAGAAGAACUGCUGAACAUGUUGCCAGCAAUGCAGAAAGAUGAUCCCACAUGGUCUGAACUUAGAGCUAUGGGUGUGGGGUGGUGGGUCCGGAAUACCCGCAUCUUACGCAAAUGUAUAGAAAAGGUAGCCAAAGCAGCCUUUUAUAAAAAGAAUGAUCCUUUAGAUGCUGCCAUUUUUUACCUUGCAAUGAAAAAGAAAGCUGUGAUUUGGGGAUUAUAUAGAUCCCAAAAAGAUUCCAAGAUGACACAGUUUUUUGGGCACAAUUUUGAGGAUGAGAGAUGGCGUAAAGCAGCUUUAAAGAAUGCUUUUUCUUUGUUAGGAAAACAAAGAUUUGAACAUUCAGCAGCAUUUUUUCUUUUAGCUGGUUGCCUCAGAGAUGCAAUUGAGGUAUGUCUUGAGAAACUGAAUGACAUUCAGUUAGCUCUUGUAAUAGCAAGACUCUAUGAGUCUGAAUUUGAUACAUCUGCAACAUACAAAUCUAUUUUACGUAAAAAAGUUUUGGGAAUUGAUUCUCCUGUCAAUGAACUCAAUUUGUUGAAUAUAAAUAUGCAUUAUGAUCCUUUUCUUCGGAGUAUGGCAUAUUGGAUUUUAGAAGAUUAUAGUAGUGCUCUGGAAACAUUAAUAAAGCAACCUAUCAGAGAGGAUGAUGAUCAAGUCAUGAUGUCAGCCUGCAAUCCUGCUGUUUUUAAUUUCUACAAUUAUCUAAGAACACAUCCUCUUUUGCUGAGACGUCAUUUUGGAUCAUCUGAUGCGUUUUCCACACACAUGAGUUUAACAGGAAAAAGUGGACUGGCAGGAACAAUUAAUUUAAGUGAAAGAAGAUUAUUUUUUACUACUGCCAGUGCUCAUUUAAAAGCUGGCUGCCCUAUGUUGGCUUUGGAAGUAUUAUCAAAGAUGCCAAAAGUCAUCAAAAAAACGAAACCUUUUUGUAGAACAUCUAGUUUUCUGGAUACUAGUAAAGUCUGUUCUCCUUCUUCUCCAUUCAAAUUGGAUGCAAGGGAAGAUAAGUCUUCUGCUAUUGAUUGGUCACAGUCACUGAUGAAUGGUUUUGGAUCUUCUUCAGAGGGUUCCUCAGAGAAGCAGUCAAAUUCCACUCUUUCUUUUGACUGGAGCCAACCAAGUAUUGUAUUUCAGGAUGACUCUUUAGAAUUAAAAUGGGACAGUGAUAACGAUGAAGAAAAUGAGGAUCUCCCUGUUUCAAUGAAAGAACUAAAACCUUUACAGAGAAAAGUAGGGAAAAAAAUAGAUGAAACAAGUUCUAAGUACACAGACUCUCUCAGCACACUAGAUGAACAUGACAUUUUAAAUCCAUCAGAAGAUAUCAUUGCAGUUCAGUUAAAAUUUAGAGCAUGUUUAAAGAUUCUCACGGUAGAACUUCGUACUUUAUCUACCGGAUAUGAAAUAGAUGGUGGAAAAUUGCGAUACCAGCUGUACCACUGGCUUGAAAAAGAGGUGAUAGCCCUUCAGAGAACUUGUGACUAUUGUUCAGAUCCUGAAGAAUUACAGUCUGCAUUUGGUGAAAAUGGAGAUGCAUUUGGAUUAAAUGAAGAUGCUGAAGAUUUGCUUCAUCAAACAAAAGUGAAACAACUGAGAGAAAAUUUUGAGGAAAAAAGACAGUGGCUUUUGAAAUAUCAGUCACUCUUGAGGAUGUUUCUUAGUUACUGCAUACUGCAUGGAUCCCAUGGUGGGGGUCUUGCAUCUGUGAGAAUGGAAUUGAUUUUGCUUUUACAAGAAUCUCAGCAGGAAACAGCAGAACCAAUAUUUCCUAGCCCUCUUUCAGAACAAACCUCAGUACCUCUCCUCUUUGCUUGUACAGCCAGUGCCAAAACAGUAGUUGCCAAUCCGUUAUUGCACCUUAGUAAUCUAACACAUGAUAUUCUGCAUGCCAUAAUAAACUUUGAUUCACCACCCCAUCCUGAUAUCCAAAGCAAUAAAGUAUAUGUAAUGCAUACUUUAGCAGCUUCACUUUCUGCUUGUAUUUAUCAGUGCCUUUGUGGUAGUCAUAACUACAGUUCAUUUCAAACAAAUCAGUUUACUGGAAUGGUGUAUCAGACAGUACUGCUUCCCCAUCGACAUUCUUUGAAAACAGGAAGCUUAGAUGAAGCCAUAACUCCCAAUACAUCACCAGCUCAGUGGCCAGGAAUAACUUCUCUAAUUCGACUUUUGAAUUCUUCUGGGGAGGAAGCCCAGUCAGGGCUUACAGUCUUGCUCUGUGAGAUUCUCACAGCAGUGUAUCUUAGUCUCUUCAUCCAUGGCUUGGCAACACAUUCUAGUAACGAACUAUUUCGGAUUGUGGCCCACCCUCUAAAUGAAAAAAUGUGGUCUGCUGUAUUUGGUGGAGGUGCACAUGUUCCCAGCAAAGAACAGACACGCUCAAAAGCUUUACCUGGAAGGUACUUUGCUAUGCCUAGCCCCCACCAGGUAGUGGUAUUCUCCAUGGAAUGUGUGGGCUUUUCCAAAGCUCUUUCAACCAUCAGUUCUCAUAGCCCUCCCAGUCUUGCAGGCAAGAUAUUAGCUUUAGAAAUAGGCUUUUACAGUUCAGCUUGCUUUGUGUUGUUUUGGAGGGGUUGGGGUACAGUGGGCCAGUUUUAUUUUGUUUGGCACUUAGCAAACUGAAAAUUUUCCAUUAAUCAAGUCAUAUUUUUGAUUUAAAACAAUGAUUAGCAUUUUAGAAAACCAUCCCUGCUUUUUUAUUAUGCUUUAAGUUCUUCAUUUUGAUGUUUUCUAUUCCUUAGACUUUAACAUAUUUUUAAAUGUGUAGAAAUAAAGAAACGUCAGUGCUAAUCAUGAUAAAUCAGACUAUGGCUUGAAAUGACUGGAAAAACAUUUCAAAUAAGGCUGCUUUAUGUUCUGCAUAUUAUGAUUCCAGCCAUUAGGGUUUUGGAUUUCUAAGUGUUCAUAAUAUCAUGCAAAGUAAGUAUUUUAAACAAUUGUAUUACCUUUUCUUAACUUUCUAAUGUUGUAACUAUAGGUACUGUAUUUAUUUAAAGAUUGAAACAAGCUUUUGACCUGAAAAGAAUCUUCAUGAUGCUUUCUGCCUUUAAGUUUUUUUUAUUAGCCCAUAUGUGAUAAUCUUGGCUUUAAAAUUUUUAACAAUAUUUUAAAUUUUGUAACAUCUCCUUUCUAAUUUUUAAAGAGUAAUUUCCUGUGCUUUAUUUUUUAUAUGGAUAAAAAUAGAAAAGACUAACUUACGAAACUCAUGUUGGAAUAUAUACUUAACUUCAGGUAUUUGAAUUCAUUUUAGGAAAAAUUUCAAAGUCUGAGAGGGAGUACGAUUUAUAGGUCUACUGAGAUUAAAGACUGUGAUCUUGUUAUUACAACAUGUUAUAAAGGGAUAAAUUCUUGAAAUAGAAUGUCCACAUACUUGUAAAAAAUUAAAAAUAUAUUUUUACUAACCAGUCAGCAAGCCUCAACUUCAACAAUUCCUGGAGCAUUUCUGAGCACAGAUACAUAAACAACCUUACUCAAAGUCCAGGUUGUUCUUUGUUUAACCACUCAGAUAUAGCUGUUUGUAGUUACAAAUAUCAUAUAAUCAACUCUAUCUCACCACUUACUGAAUCCGAAAUAAUCAAAGUGAAAAAAAUUGUCUGCAUCUGUAUGUUUAACCUCUUGCGUUGGGACAUGGUAGCCAAAUAAUACAGGAUACUUAAAAAAUGAGGUUUUCUUAGUGAUGGGGCUGGAUAUAGCCACAUAUAGAUUAUGUGAUGCUCAUCUGUCUAUAAGAACCCAGAAACAAUUCUGAAUGCAGUCAAUCAUGGAUGUAACUGAAGGAGCAUGUACAGAAAACAUAAAUGAUAUGAUUCAUCAAUUUGCUAACCAGAAAAAAGAGUACGCUCAUUUAAUGAUGAAACCAAAGGUCUGCUAUUUCUAAAGCUGAUUUAGUUUGUGAAGGAACAAGUAGAAAAAGAAAAAAAUAGAAAAACAGAAUAAAGGGAAGAAGUGAAGAUACUAGGUAGUAAAGGCAGUAAUAGCAAUUAGAAGUAGCAGUCCUGUGAGGCAGAUAAACUGACAGUUGGAGAGACAAAAUCUGAGAACAGAAAAUCAACCAAGACAAAGGGACAAGCAGGGGUGGCUUUCAGUAUAAGGCAGAGUUCUGAAAUUUCAGGUUUUGAAGGCAUUAUUAUGUUGUCCUGAAAGCACACCAACUAAAGCAGCACAGCAGCUUGAUAAAUUUUAGGUUGUAAGUAAGCAGCCCUGUAUGUUCAAAUUACUGUUGAAUGUAAUCAUGAUGUCUUAAGAGUGUAAUUAAAUUAGAUAAUAUUCAGUAUACAUUGUUGACCAAGAGAAUAAAAUGAUGUGUUUUAGAAAAGUUGAUCUGAAUUCAGCCAAAAUUGUUAUAUAUAUUGAUAUAUUUUUAGUUUCUAGUGUUUAAAUAUGGCCAAAUGAAAACUGACAGGUCUAGAAUAUUUCAUUUUCCUGACAACCUAUUCAUCUAUUCAGUGUCAAUGUAUUGUAUAUUGAAGAUGAAAUACAUGCUUAGAACCCUUAAAAAUCUGUUUUUAAAAAGUGUUUUCAUAAACUUAGUACUAUGAGAAGAUUUUAAAAGUUACCAUUUGUUUUCCUUGUUCUGGUAUAAAUUCUGAUUUUAAUUUUCUUUGCAAUAAUGGUCUUACGAACUAAAUUAUUUUUCUUUCUACAUGUCUAUUAUAUACUUAAUGUACUUUUAGUGACAUAAAAUUUAAAUAUGACUUAAGCUUUGUAAUAUAAGAAAAUGGUAGAUGAUUUUUAUUCGACUUUAACUCAGCAGGUCAGAGUUCUUAACAAAAAUGUUAAGGUACAUAAAUCAGUAUUUUAUUUUUUAAUCAAAUUUACUUUGUGAUUCCUACAUAUGUUAAUGAGGGAUUUAUUUUUUCUAAUUAAUUAAAACUAUAGCGUGGGUGAAUGUUCAUGGAGUUCUGAAUUAUUCUAUUAUGGUUAAGUUUUAAAGUAGACAAUCAUAUAAGCAAUAGCAGUUUUUGAAAAACUACUUUUUUUUCUGCUAACAGUGAGAAAUCCAUACUUUUGCUUUUUAUUGCAUAUUGUAAAGCAAAACAAAAUAUUUUAAGAAUUUUUGUUGUGUUUCAUAAUAAUGUUUGCAGGUAUAAGAAUUGUCGUUAUUCCUGUGCAUACCUUAGUUUUUCUUUACCUACAUUCUAACUUCUUAAUGCCCCUUAUAAUUCAUAAGCUCUAUCUAUAUCCAAGUUCCUUUUCAUUUCUCCCUAAUGCUGAUUUUUUUCUUUUAUUACUAGUAAAGUAGCCAUUUACUACCUUAAUAAUGGAACAGUAGAAUCAGUUUGUAUCCAAGGAGUGACACAGUUCUUGAUAUUUUAUUAUUAGCUUUUUUCAGAAACAAAUGGUUAAGCACCCAGCAGCUACAGUUUCUCUUGGUGCCCCUCAGCUUCAUGACCACUCGAACCCAACGUGAUAUAAGCAUAAAGUUGUCUUAGGCCUUGCUGCAAUUUGAGGGAAAAGAGGAGGGAGCAUCUACCCUAAUGAUAAGCUUCAAAUCAUUUCUUGUUUGCUAGGAGGUAUCACUAAGGUCUUUUAAUUUGUAGCAUUUCAGGUAAUAUAACAUUCGGUACUGUGAACCUGUUUGCCGUUUUUCCCCUGUUGUCCUUGUGCAUCAGAAAUGUUUCAAUAAGAAGUUUUAUACUUCUGGAAUUGAGUCUGUAAUUUUAAAUGUUUCCCCUCAGUGUGGUUAAUUUCUUGUUUUCAUGUCAAUUAUCUGGGUUCACACACUGUACUUGCAAAUGUUUUUCUCUCUUAAAAAAUUUUUUUUAUGUUUUGCUUUAAAAACUGUGCUUUUUUAUGACAUAGCAAGCUUGGUAAAAUCUGUGAAUUUAGCAUUGUAAGUUUUAUUUUUCCCUAAACGUCUGUGUUCACAUCACAUGCCUUCUAAUAAUCUAAAAACAAAACAAGGAGAAUAGUAAUAUUUGUCAAGUGAUAAAUUUAUUUUAAAGCAUAGCAUUAAUUUUUUUGACAGAUUAAAAAAAUACCCUUAUAUUCUAAACUUUUUACUCAAAUGAGAAUUUGGUAAAACCACUGUUUAAGUUUUAGAAUGUAUAUAAAUGUAUGCAAUAUAUUAGAAACAUGAUUGUUGAUUAUCAAUUGCUUAUAAGAUCAGAGAGAAAAAAUUACACAUUGAAUAUGAUGGUUCUUUUUAAAGUCAUUUGAAUGAUUACAUACCAUUUUUAGCAAUCCCUUUGUAUACUGAUUUUAUUCAUCUUUAUUUCAUUUUUUCUGAAGUAACUAAAUUAUUCUGUUAGACUCAGCUUGGCUGUAGCUUGAUAUAAUGCAUGAGCAUGCUGUUUAUGCAAGCUAAGUAGCUUCAAGCAAUAAAACAAAAUUGUAUUAAAACACAAAUACUUGUAUUCCUUUGGAAGGUAAGUGACUUCUUGCUGUAACCAUUAAAGAAGAAUAUUGGUGUGCCUUAGUAUGGGGUUGUUUACCUAUCUAUUAGACCAUGACUAUGUCCAGGAGAUCCUUGAUUUUCUAUUGGUGAUUUGCAUCUAGUGACUUAGUAUUGAUUAAAGAUUUGUAUAACUUGUUUUUCUUUGCUAAUGCCCUUAAUACUCUAAGGUAAAAUACUUAGAGAAUAUUGACUGUUAAAUGUUUAGAAGUUAAAACAAUAAAGAUUGCAUUUUCUCCCUCUUCUUUGUUGUUCCACUGAGUAGAAAAUUCUACCUCCAAGCCAUUUCUAAAAGUCUGAAUCAGUUUAGUAGGUAGUUUUGGUGUUUGAAUUUUUUAAUAUUUUCAGUGAAAAAUUAGUAGUAGUUUUUUAGUAGAUAAAAGGCCAAGUGAUUACUGAAGAAUCUCAUAACUGAGUUGUUGCCUUUAAUUACCACUGACAUCCCAUGGUAUUCUUCCCCCCCGCCCCAUGAUAUUCUUAAGAAACAAAAUAGAAAGAUGUAGAUAAUUUAGAUAACUCAACAUUCAGAGAGUAAGGGACAAGAUGAGAUAAAAACAAAGAUCACUAUACAAGAUGAUUUUUGUCUCACUUCCUCCACUAUUUUCUUACCUUACUAUCAUAAUAAUCUCAGUUUUGUGUAUGUACUUACUUGUAGUUAACCUUAGGUCUUACGUAAAAAUAGGUGAAAUCAGAACAAUGAAAAUUGUACUUAUUUUAUAAUACUUUAU